GAAGAAAAUAAGAGGAGAAAUGUUAAUUUGAAUUGAAAAAAGGGUUAGGAUUUUGGGCACGGCAUCGCAUCCCAUCACACCCUACCGGACCGAAUGCGCGAGAACGGUUGACCCGAAAAACCAUAUCAUAUCAUAUCAUCAACACGCAUAUGGGAAGAGCGCUGUUACUCACCCACACCCACCUCUUCUCUCCCAAAUCUCUCUUUCCACCCUCUCUCCGCCACCGCCCCACCGCCGCUACCGCCACCGCCACCAAGAGGAUUUUCCAUUUCUGCCCUCCGCUUGCAUGCCGCUCCAUGGACCACUCUUCUAUCGAAUCCGUCACCCAACGCCUCAGCAAUCACAAUCUCCAUAGAUUGAGCCUUGAAGAUCUCAAAUGGGACCAUUCCUUCGUCAGAGAAUUACCCGCCGAUCCCCGCUCCGAUUCUUUUCCCCGAGAGGUGCUGCAUGCUUGCUACACUAAAGUCUCGCCCUCUGCUCAGGUAGAAGACCCUCAACUUGUUGCCUUCUCCCACCCAGUUGCCGACCUACUAGAUUUGGACUAUAAAGAAUUCGAGAGGCAAGAUUUCCCCCUUUUCUUCUCUGGAGCAUCGCCUUUAGUUGGAGCGUUGCCUUAUGCUCAGUGCUAUGGAGGGCAUCAAUUUGGUAUGUGGGCUGGGCAGUUGGGCGAUGGUAGGGCAAUUACGUUAGGGGAGAUACUGAAUUCAAAGUCUGAAAGGUGGGAACUGCAACUCAAAGGAGCUGGGAAGACUCCUUACAGUCGCUUUGCUGAUGGCCUUGCGGUGCUGCGCAGCAGCAUCAGGGAGUUCCUUUGCAGUGAAGCAAUGCACCACCUUGGGAUACCGACAACUCGUGCACUCUGUCUUGUGACCACUGGAAAGCUGGUCACUCGAGACAUGUUCUACGAUGGCAAUGCAAAGGAAGAACCUGGUGCAAUUGUUUGCAGGGUCGCCCAAUCUUUUCUACGCUUUGGGUCCUACCAAAUACAUGCUUCCAGAGGUGAGGAGGACCUUGGCCUUGUUCGUGUUUUGGCAGACUAUACUAUCAAGCACCACUUUCCUCAUAUUGAAAACAUGAGUAAGAGUGAAGGCUUAUCUUUCUCCACUGGUGAUGAAGAUCAUUCUGUUGUAGAUCUUACUUCAAACAAGUAUGCAGCAUGGGUGGUGGAGGUUGCUGAGCGUACUGCUUCCUUGAUUGCUAGAUGGCAGGGGGUUGGUUUCACUCACGGUGUGCUGAACACAGAUAAUAUGAGUGUUUUGGGUCUUACGAUAGAUUAUGGCCCAUUUGGAUUUUUGGAUGCUUUUGAUCCUAAAUUUACCCCAAAUACUACAGAUCUUCCAGGUCGAAGAUACUGUUUUGCAAACCAGCCUGAUAUUGGUUUGUGGAAUAUUGCACAGUUCACAACAACACUACAAGCUGCUCAUUUAAUAGAUGAAAAAGAGGCUAACUAUGCUAUGGAGAGAUAUGGAACGAGAUUUAUGGAUGACUAUCAGGUCAUAAUGACAAAAAAGCUUGGCCUCCCCAAGUAUAACAAGCAGCUGAUUAAUAAACUUCUUACCAAUAUGGCUGUUGACAAAGUCGAUUACACAAACUUCUUCCGUACACUUUCAAAUAUUAAAGCAGACACAAGCAUUCCAGAUGAAGAGCUGUUAGUCCCACUAAAGUCAGUACUGCUAGAUAUUGGUAAAGAGCGUAAAGAAGCAUGGACCAGUUGGUUGAAAACAUAUGUACACGAGUUGUCUACCAGUGGCAUUUCGGAUGAUGAAAGGAAGAGGUCCAUGGAUGGGGUGAAUCCUAAAUAUAUACUGAGGAACUAUCUCUGUCAGACUGCUAUUGAUGCUGCAGAAAUAGGUGAUUUUGGAGAAGUCAACAGAUUGCUCAAAUUAGUGGAGCGUCCCUUUGAUGAGCAACCAGGAAUGGAAAAAUAUGCUCGCUUGCCCCCAGCUUGGGCAUAUCGACCGGGGGUAUGCAUGCUUUCUUGUUCUUCUUGAUAAUAUUCCAGAUACCAGAUAUAGGUCAAAAUCCAAACUGCAAAAAAAAAAAUACAAAAAUGAAAACACAAACUCUAGGAAAUAAGAGGGAAAAAUAUAGUGUGUUUGUAUUAUAGAUUUAGUCUUUUACAUGUUUUUCCUUAUUUUCUAUUUUUCUUACCGUUGUUUUUUUUUCUCAUUGUUUCCAAAACACUGCCAUGAGUAUUGUGUAACAUGUACAAUUCCAAUUACGAGAGUAACUGUCUCCAAUGUAAUAUUUGGUCGAAGGAUUUGUUUGAGGGUUGGUUGUAAUUUUAGUGUGAAAAAUUGUUUGUAUUGAUCUAAUAAAA